AAAUGGAAACCCCCCAGAUUUGAAACUUCAGAGGAACCAUGCCGCCCCAGGACUCCUCCUCCAAACCCUAAAAUAUAGGACUAAGUCUCAUUCCCCACAAAACCGUGUCAAUUGAUCAGGUUUUAGCUUCAGUUCCUCUCAAAAACCCUAGACCAUUAUUUCCCUAUUGGACUUGGUCUCUCCUCUUCUGUUUAUCAUCAUUUACCCCUGUGUGUGAAAUAGAGAAUAAGAGAGGCAACCCUAAAUUCAAGAAAUCAUUUGAAAGCUGUAGACUUUGCCGCAGUAAGUUUAUUUCAGAGAUACAGAGAGAGAGAGAGAGAGAGAGAGAGAGAGAGAGAGGGAUGAAGAGGAAGAAUGAAGAAGAGGGUAAGCGUGAGGGGGUGAAGCAGAGGAGUGUGUGUGAUGCUUACGGUGGAGAUGGGGUGGCCUGGUUUAGGGGUGGAAUGAUAGGCCAAGGAAGUUUUGGGUCUGUUUAUUUGGCCAAUUCCAAGAAACCCAACUUCAAAUACGGCUGUUUUCCGCCUCUGAUGGCCGUGAAAUCGGCCGAGGUCUCUGUUUCCGGCACAAUUCAGAAGGAAAGAGAGGUUUUGAGCAACAUUGGAAUGCACCCAAAUAUAAUCAAGUGUUUUGGGGAAGAGAUCACCACGGGCGAAAAUGGUGAGAUGGUCUAUAAUUUGUUGCUGGAGUACGGGUCUGGGGGAACCCUAGCUGAUUUGAUCAGGAAAUCCGGUGGCUGCGGAUUGCCUGAGUCUCACGUGAAGCGCUACGCCAGGUCUGUUCUUCUAGGGCUCAAUCACAUUCAUGGGUGUGGUUACGUUCACUGCGAUUUGAAGCCGGAUAAUAUACUGCUUGUGCCUAAGAAUUGUGGUUUUGGUGGUACCGAAUUCAAGGCGAAGAUUGGAGAUUUUGGGUUGACGAAGAGGGUGAAGCAGAGUAAUAACAAGAAGAGGAAGGUGGAUCCGUUUUACUGGAGAGGUACUCCUAUGUAUCUAUCACCUGAAGUUGUGGUUGAUAAUGUACAAGAGCCUCCUUCUGAUAUUUGGGCUUUAGGGUGUAUUGUGCUUGAGAUGAUAACCGGAAAGCCUCCGUGGAUUGGAAAAGGAGAUUUGGAUGGGGAGGAGCUUCUUCGUCGGAUUGGCAAAGGUCACGAAUCGCCUAAAAUUCCGGAUAAGUUAUCAAAAGAGGGGAGGGAGUUUUUGAAGAGUUGUUUUUCGAGGAAGACAAUGUUUAGAUUGACGGCUGAGAUGUUGUUGAAUCACUCAUUCCUCGAAGGGUUAGUAGAUGAUGUUGAUGUAGUUGAGGAGGAAGAUGGGUUCUUAGAUGCGGGUGAUAUUGAUUCCUCGUUUGUGUUAUACGAGACUGAUGGUUCCUUGCUUUCUGAUGAUUGUGGCUUUGUGUAUGAAGAGGAAGUCUUCCUUUCUUCUUGGUUUGAAGAUGGGCAGGAGAUUGACAGUGGAGGGUUUUCCAGUUUUGGAAAAGAAGGAAUAUUGGAAGUUCAAGACAUUGCAGGCUCCACUGUAGUAGAUGAUUUGGUUGAUAUGUCAACACAGGUUCCGGUGAACACCAUGCAGCAGCGCGCCAUUGGUUUUACCAUUCCAGCCGGUGGUUAGCGGCCUACCAUAUGUUGGUUAGGGAAGUAUACUAUAGAUUCGCCGGCUGCCGAGAUUGUUGAGGUUGCACCGGUGUCUGUCUCUGGGAUAAUUCAGCAACAACAACAGCCUACAGAACAUCACCAUAGACUGCCAUGGCGAACCGAGCUUCGUCUAUCUCUUUCUCUCUCACACAGGAACAAUAUCAGCAUGCAGCUAUAAGGAGUUCGUGGAACUGGUGAAGAAUACCGAAACGAGAUGCUGAUUAUACAACCAAGGAGGCGACUAUCGAGCUGCACACCAGGAAUUGAAUUCUGAAACCGUUGGAAAUGAACUCUGCCCAUCAUUCCUGCAGAUGGUUAAGUCAUUAAAACCGUUCCUUGCCCAGCUUCCAGUUUUUUAAUGGUAAUGUAGAGUGUCCC